AUGCUGCAGCAGCUCUUCAAACAGGCCCGCCCUUUGUUCACACAUGAACAGCCACACCUAAUGCCGAGGCAGCAGCAGCAGCAGCAGCAACUGCAGCAGCAGCAACAACAGCAGCAGCAGCAGCAGCAGCAGCAGCAACUGCAGCAGCAAGUCUCGAUCCCCCAUCCAGAAGAAAUUUUCCCUUCUCUUGACGGACUCCAGCAGCAGCAGCAGCAGCAGCAGCAGCAGCAGCAGCAGCAAAAACACCACCAACAACAAAAGCAGCAGCAGCAGCAGCAACAGCAGCAGCAGCAGCAGCAAGACCAGCAGCACCAGCCCCACCAGCACGAGCAGCAUCAAGAGCAGCAACCGCCGCAGCAAAAACAGCAGCAGCAGCAACCCCAGCAGCAACAGCAGCAGCAGCAGCAGCAGCAGCAGCAGCAGCAGCAGCAGUUUAUAAAUUUUUUUGUUUCUCUUAAGCAGCUUCUUGCUGCUGCUUUUGAUCUGCAGCUAGGGAUAGAGCUUGCUGCUGCUGCUGCUUCGCAGCUGCUGCACCUGGGCUACCAUGUAGGCAUGGUGCUGCCUCUCCUCGCCAUCUAUGGGCGUUUGGCCGCAUUGGGUCUGUCUUUGUCUGUGGGUAUUGAGCAGCUGCUGCAGCAGCACGCGGGGCUGCUGCAGCAGCUGUAUGAGUCUCAUCCUCUUCCUGCUGCAGCAGAAGCAGCAGCAGCAACAAAAGCUGUUGCUGCUGUUACUAUUGCUGUGUCUGGGGGGGCAAGAGCAGCAAACAAUUCAGGUGUACGUACACCUCAACAUGCAGCAACAACUGCUGCUGCUGCUGCUGCUGCUGCUGAUGCUGGUGCUGCUGCUGUCCUGCUGCAGUGGUCCGAGUCAUGUAGAGCUGCAUGCGAGGGAGCAGCAGCAGCAGCAGCAGCAGCAAAGCCCGCGAAAGGUGCUGCUGCUGCAGCAGGAACAGCAGCAGCAGCAUCCACAACAGCAGCAACAACAACAGCAACAGCAGCAGCAGCAGCUGCUGCAGCAGCUGCAGCUGCUGCAGCAAGACAACAGCAGCUCCCUGAAUCUGCAUCGUCCCAAGCAAACAGCAGCAGCAGCAACAGCAGCAGCAGCAGCAGCAGCAGCAGCAGCAGCAGCAGAACGCUGCCGAAGCAAUUCGUUGAGUUUGCUGUUUCUUCUGGCCCCCGCGCCGUCACCCGCAGCAUAACAGAAGAAGCUGUAGCGAGAGAGUGGGCAGCAGCAGCAGCAGCAGCAGCAGCUGCAGCAGCAGCAGCAGCAGGAGCAGCAGCAGCAGCAGGAAAGAGUGAAGGUGCUGAAGCAAAAGAAGCAGCAGAAGAGCCGAUGGAGGCGUUUGAGGGCGAGUGGCUGUGGACACCCCACAGCAGCAGCAGCAGCGACAGCAGCAGCAGCAGCAGCAGCAGCAGCAGCGAGCAGCAGCAGCAAGCUGCUGCAGCAGCAGCAGCAGCAACCGAGGAGGAGGAAGCAGCAGCAGAUGAAUCUUUUGGUGUCUCGGACUGUCUUUGGGGAGAAUACCAAGACAGACAAACCGCCGGCAUUACAACCGCAGAUGGUCUCUGCAACUAG